GAAAGCUUAUUAACCCCUCAAAGUCUCCUUCCUUCCUUCCUUCAAUCACUCUCUUUCUCUCUCUUUCUCUCAUCCCAAAACUAGGAUUUUUCCGAUCUCGGAGCUUAGGCCGGCGGCCAUCAAUGGCGGCCUCCGAUAGCGCCAAAGGAUCACUUCUACGAGUUGCAUUUGGAAAUGUUUUCGCUGCCUUCAUCCUUCUACUGAUAGGAGUUCUCGCAUUUUCGAUUCGUCUUUUCUCCGUUAUAAAGUAUGAGAGUGUUAUCCACGAGUUCGAUCCUUAUUUCAAUUAUAGAGUUACUCAGUUUCUCACUAAGAAUGGCAUAUAUGAAUUCUGGAACUGGUUUGAUGAUCGGACAUGGUAUCCUCUUGGGCGUGUGAUUGGGGGAACUGUUUAUCCUGGUUUAACAUUGACUGCAGGGACCAUGUGGUGGGUCCUUCAAUCAUUGAAUAUUCCUCUAUCAGUGGAAACUAUUUGUGUGUUCACAGCUCCUGUAUUCUCUGCUUUUGCUGCAUGGUCAGCUUACUUCCUAACAAAGGAAGUUAAAGGCACUGGUGCGGGAUUAACAGCAGCAGCACUGUUAGCAAUGGUUCCAUCUUAUAUAUCUAGAUCUGUAGCAGGAAGCUAUGAUAAUGAAGCCGUAGCUAUAUUUGCCUUGAUCUUCACCUUUUAUUUAUAUAUAAAGACAUUGAACACAGGAUCCCUUUUUUAUGCAACCUUAAAUGCCAUAGCAUACUUCUACAUGGUUUGCUCGUGGGGAGGAUAUACCUUUAUUAUUAACCUUAUUCCAAUGCAUGUGCUACUGUGCAUUGUAACUGGUCGUUACUCACCUCGGCUUUAUAUUGCGUAUGCACCACUUGUUGUUUUGGGAACAUUAUUGGCAGCAUUGGUACCUGUUGUUGGCUUCAAUGCUGUCAUGACAUCAGAACACUUUGGUUCUUUUUUGGUUUUCAUUAUCAUCCACGUGGUUGCUCUUGUUUACUACAUCAAAGGAAUUCUCUCACCCAGCAUGUUCAGAGUGGCUGUUACCCUAGUUGUAUCUGUAGGCCUGGCAGUAUGUGGUGCUGUAUUAGCAGUACUCAUAGCAUUGGUUGCAUCUAGCCCAACAAUGGGAUGGAGUGGACGAAGCUUGAGUUUGCUUGAUCCAACUUAUGCAAGCAAAUACAUACCUAUAAUUGCCAGUGUUAGUGAGCACCAACCGCCCACAUGGCCAUCUUAUUUUAUGGACAUCAAUGUUUUGGCAUUUUUAGUUCCAUCUGGCAUUAUUGCUUGCUUUUUGCCGUUAUCUGAUGCAAGCUCCUUUGUGGUUCUUUACAUAGUAACAUCAGUUUAUUUUUCUGGAGUGAUGGUACGGUUGAUGCUUGUACUUGCCCCUGCUGCUUGCAUUACAUCUGGAAUUGCUCUGUCUGAAGCUUUUAAUGUGCUUACAAGUUCAAUUAAGUUCCAAUUGCCUGGAGCAUUAGCUAAUUCCCAGAAUGAAGCAGGGGAUACCGAGCUGACAAGUGCAGUUACACAAACUGAGACAGUCAAAAUUGAAAACAGUGAAGGUCUUCCAAAAGAAGAGUCCAAAAAGGCUGAAAAAUCUGAUGGAUUGGUGAAGGAAAGAGCGUCAAGAAAGCAUAAGAAGAAGGACAAGGAAAAGGAGAAAGACAGUGUAAAAAAUACUACUUUCAAAUCCCAGCUGGAGAAGAGGCUCCAAGUUUUACCCUUGGAAUCUUCUGUGGUGGCUAUUUUCUUGCUCGUCUUGCUUGGUGCUUUCUAUGUGGUUCACUGUGUCUGGGCUGCUGCAGAAGCAUAUUCAGCUCCUUCUAUUGUUUUGACAUCACGUAGCCACGAUGGUCUUCACGUGUUUGAUGAUUUUAGAGAGGCUUAUUCAUGGUUAAGCCACAACACAGAUGUCGAUGAUAAAGUUGCUUCGUGGUGGGAUUAUGGUUACCAAACAACUGCUAUGGCUAAUCGGACUGUCAUUGUUGAUAACAAUACAUGGAAUAACACACAUAUUGCAACUGUUGGAACUGCUAUGUCGUCCCCUGAAAAGGCAGCUUGGGAGAUUUUUAAUUCUUUGGAUGUGAAAUAUGUCCUGGUUGUAUUUGGAGGUUUGGUUGGCUAUCCCAGUGACGAUAUUAACAAAUUUCUAUGGAUGGUUAGAAUUGGUGGUGGUGUAUUUCCGCACAUCAAGGAACCUGAUUAUCUUAGAGAUGGGUCGUACCGAAUAGACUCACAAGCCACUCCAACCAUGCUGAACUGUUUGAUGUACAAGCUUUCAUAUUACAGAUUUGUGGAGACAGAUGGUAAAGCUUACGAUAGAGUAAGAGGAACAGAAAUCGGGAAGAAGUACUUUAAGCUUACCCAUUUCGAGGAGGUUUUCACUACUCAUCAUUGGAUGGUAAGGAUCUACAAGCUUAAAUCUCCAAAGAACAGAAUCAGAGGAAAGACCAAGAAAUCUAAAACUAAAAGUAGCAGCAGCUCGACAGGAAGCGCGAAGAGAAAUCAGAAGAAGAAGAACCCUUGGCAAUAAAUGAGAAAUUUUUUAGGGGACUUAGUAUUUUAGGUGGCUCAGUUAUGUGUAAGCCAUUUUAUUGACAGAAACGGAGAGAAAGGGAUGAUCAUCAUCAUGGAUUUUGUAGUCAGAUCAGAUAUACUUCUUCUUUCUUCAAUCUGGAUCACAAAAAUUUUCAAGUUUAUUAUUACUCAUCUUUAAUUAC